AUGCUCUCCUCCAACUCCUCCUCUGCGGCAGAAUCCCUGCAAUCCUUCUCCUACGCUUACGUGUCCCAUUCCGGGCUCUCUUCCCGCAUGGCUCUCAUCAAGCGAGCCAUCCAGUUCCUCCGAGAACACUCGACGGAGAUUUCAGAAACGUCGUCAGCCCUGACCGACUUUUUUGUCUCCCAUCAGCAUGAAGUUGAGCCCUACACACACGCCAUGGGCAUUCCGUUUUCGUCCAUCCAGCGCAAUCUGUCGACCGCCAGCAUGACGGACUUUUUCAGCACCUUGCCCAAACGGCAGACUGGUGGCGACGACCAGGGUCUGAGAGGACUGCUUUCGUUGCUGGAAAACCGACAUGGAGAUACGCGCAGAUCGCUGAGCCAGGGCGUACGCCCUCUAGAUACGUCACGUGAAUUGUCACGUGAAUUGGACGACGCGCCGGCCGACGGCAUGCAGUCGCGUGCGCUCAAACCAGUGGCGUCUGCGGUGGAAGUUUCGGCGGAGUCGCAAGAUUCUGAGUCGCAAGGUGAUGGGUCGCGUGAGCCCGGGGAACCUUCUGGCGAAUCGCGCGACGCCGACUCGACUCUGCUCGGAUCUCCGAUCAAAGCCAGUGCACUCAAGCCACGAACAACGUCGUGGUCCGAGUCCGAGGACGACGAAGAGGGUUUGUCGUUCACGCCCAAGCGCAUGAGUCAGCAGAAUCUCGCGCCCAAGCUCCUGGAGCAGCUGACCCAUCACACUCCUCGGUCGGUUUCUUCGCCGCUCUCCAAAGAGGUCCUGAGUGGCUCCUCGGGCUCGUCUCCGGCGUCGUCGUCUCCCUCCAUUAAGCGGACCCGGACGCUGACCAACACUUCGUCGCUUUCUCUGCAGGCUAAGCUGCUGGACUUUUUGGCCGAACCUUUCCAAGACAAGGCUCUUCAGCCCAUCACCAGAAGUGCCACCAUGUUGGACGUGUCGAGUGCCCCGGAACAGAUGGGCGGCGGCUCGGCGGGUCACAUGGGCAGUGGCAGUGGCGGCGUGAGUUCUGCGGGCUCCUGGCUACCCAGCAACGUGGAGUUGCAGCCUCCGGUGACCACGCCCAACUUGGCCUCUUCCAAGUCAACCACUGGUCUCGGCUUGUUGACCGGGACCAUGGCGCGGUAUUCGGCGUCGCAGGUUGUGGUGACGACAGCCGACAAGGCUCCGUAUGAGAUCCGGGCCGUCAACGACGUGGCUUGUCUGGUGUUUGGCGUGUCACGUGCUGAGCUGCGGAACACGUCGAUUCUGAACAUGGCUCGUGACGACAUGCGGGACGAGUUGACCGCGGAGUUGGCUGCGGCACUGACCAAGCCCAGCUCGGUGGCCAUUUGUGGCAUGGUCAUUCCUGUGGUCAAGGGCAACCGUCAAGAGUCGUUGGCGUCAAUCUGGGUGAAAAAGUCGCAGGGCGCGCUCAUCUGGGUGGCCGAGGAGGUUGCUGGCGAUCAUGUGGAGGUGGUCAUGAAGAAGCGUGACCCUGAGGUGGUGGAGACCAUUGGUGGAGAUCGUAACAUUCUGUUUGGCCAGCAUGAUUGGGCCUCCUACGGCGAUAUCAAGCGAAAGAUGUUGAUUCGGAGUGUUGGUGAUGGAAAUGAGGACGGUGGUAGUUUCAACGGUUCUGUUGGUUCUGUCGGUUCUGUCGGUCCUGUCGGUUCUGGUGAUUCCAGCGAAUCUGCCGCCGCCCACCCCUUCCUUUCCAACAUCACCUACUCAUACACCACCAAAGCCGGACCGUACGACUACCCGUGCAUUGUGCGCAAGGAAAAGAACACAUUUCACAUCACCUCUCUGCCGCACAUGUCGGGCAUGGUGAUGGUGGACUCGUCGACUCUUGACAUCACCGAUUACAACGCCUUUUUUGUGCAGUAUCUGUUUGGUCAUAGCAGCAAGUCGCGGUCUCUGAUUGGACAACACAUUUCCGUCCUGUUGCCGCAUAUGAGCGAGUACAUUGACGAGAUCAAGCGCAGCAACAACUCGUUGGGCCUGGGCAUGGUUUAUCCGGAGCAUUUUUUCCGACGAAUGGCAUCUUCUGGCGACGAUAAACGCAUGACAUUUUUUUCAUCGAUUGGAAUUGAUGGUCGGCAUUUGAACGGUGCCACGCUCAAAAUUGAUUGUCAGCUCCGCGUCGCGUCCACGAGCCAGUUUUCUCUGUGGAUUUCGUUUUCGCGCCACAUUCAAGAGGCCCAUGAGAUUUUUUCCAUUCCGUCUCAGUUGCCGCUAUUGAACGAGCGCAAGCGAACCGAGGGGGAGGAUUCGGGAAGCGACUCCAGCGGCGGAAGCUCCAGCAUGGCCCAUUCUCGAGAAAGCUCGUUGGGCGACACUGACACGUCUGUCAGCGAGCUUCGGGAAAAGUCGGUGUAUGGUCUGAAGAACGAGUCGCAAAAGUCCUUGGCUUCAACGCGGUCUCUAGAGGCUGACGGCUCUGUUUCCGAGGCCGAUGGCUCGUCGUCGACUCUGGCUGCGGCGGAAAUCUCCGAGCUUCGAGGAGUCACCGAGAUUGGAGCCCACAAGCGGGAUCGCAAGUUUGCGGACUUUCGGGUUGUGAAAAAAAUGGGUGAAGGCGCUUAUGGGCGGGUGGUGCUGGCGCGGUACCCCGAUGAUCCCGCCUGUCUGAUUGUGGUCAAGUCUGUGGUCAAGGACCGCAUUUUGGUGGACACGUGGGUGCGGGAUCGAAAGCUUGGCACCGUGUCAUCUGAAAUCAAGAUUCUGGCUGCUCUCAACCAGACUCCGCAUCCCAACAUUGUGGGCAUGGUCGACUUUCUGGAGGAUGAUGAGUGUUACCAUAUAGAGAUGGAGGCGCAUGGCAAUCCCGGCAUCGAUUUGUUUGACUUGAUUGAACUGAACCCGCAGAUGCCCGAGGCUGAGUGCAAAUCUAUUUUCCGCCAGAUUGUGUCUGCCGUGGCGCAUCUACACGGGCUUGGAAUCGUGCACCGGGACAUUAAGGACGAGAAUAUCAUUCUCGACGGCAAGGGGCUUCUCAAGUUGAUCGACUUUGGCUCGGCGGCAUAUGUCAAGAACGGCCCCUUUGACGUGUUUGUGGGCACUAUUGAUUACGCCGCCCCCGAGGUGCUCAGUGGCAACCCCUAUCUGGGGCGGCCUCAGGAUGUGUGGGCUCUGGGCAUUUUGUUGUACACCAUUGUGUACAAGGAGAAUCCCUUUUAUAACGUGGAUGAGAUUCUGGAGGGCGAGUUGCGGGUGCCGUUUGUCAUGUCCGAUGAUUGUUUGGACUUGAUACGGAUGAUUCUCAACAGAGACGUGAACAAGCGGCCCACCGUUGAACAGAUUCGCGAUCAUCCGUGGUUGCGGGAGUGA